CGGCCACAAGGGGUCGCAAGUCCCACCACGACAGUGAACCACAGCAGAAACAGCGACUGGAGCGUCGAGAAGGGAGCCAGCGGCCCUUUGGCUGAGCGUAUCUGGAUUUAAAGGCAAAAGAAGUGUCGUUUAUCAAUAAAAAUGACCAGAGGAAACCAACGUGAGCUUGCACGCCAGAAGCACGCCAAAAAACAGAACGAAAUUGGCAAAGGGAAGAGGAACGAAGAUGGACUGUCUGCUGCUGCUCGGAAACAGAGGGAUGCUGAAAUAAUGCAACAGAAGCAAAAAAAGGCCAAUGAAGGUGGGAAGGCUAGUCCCAAGUCCAAGUGAAACACCACGAGAAGUAUUCCACUUGCUGUGUCGAGAACAUCCCACGUUCGGCGUUCUUCCUGAUAUUUAAGAGAAUGGAUCUGUCAUUUUCAUCCAGACUCAAGAAUCCUGGAUCCUGCGUUCUUCCCAAUGGCAAAUGACAUUUGCUUAUUGGAUUUGUUAAUUUUUAAAUGAUGAAAAAGUAAGUCUCAGCGAGUUGGUGCUUAUCUAACCACAUUGGUGCUGCAUGCAAAAGAGCAGACGUGGUGUAAAAGAUGAAACUGAACAAUUCUUGACUCGAAACAUCCACUUGACAGUUGUGUAUUUUUGUACAAAAGUGUCCCCUGAUGGUCUCCAAUAAAGUAUGUGUUUUUAGUCGA